AGUUCAUAUGCUCUGGGAACGUGACCAAAGUGGGAGCUGUUUAUACCGUUUGAUGAUUUGUAUUUCACGGAAAAUACAGUCUAGCCGGGGAUCAAAAUAUUUGAGCUAAUUACGAACCAUUUGAAAGUAUAAAAAAACGAUUUGAAAGCAUGUGGACAUUUUGACGCUCUUGUCCGUAACUGUCAGGUGUAACGUAGUUCGUCAGUACACCGUCGCCUCCUCGGACAUUUCAAAAGUGGAAAUAGUCGUUACCCCGCGAGCGAAAUGUCUCUACUCGCCGACAUUCUUGACCUUCUACGAAAUCUCCUCGAGUACUUUGGAGUGCCAGCGGACAUGUUAGUGCCGGUGUGGGACAACCAGUACUGCGGCCAGUAUCGCAGCAUAGUUCGUAUGAUUGGAACAAACCUCCCCUUGAGUCCACAAGCGCGCGUUCAUUUCCAGAUUCCCCUGCAGUCGUUUGAAAGGCACGGUGGUGCCGACUUUCCGUCAGACAGAGCGGUUAUACCGUCCUUCGCGGACGUGAUGUGGCUUACUGAAGAUGACGGAGAGGUCUUCACAAAGUUCAGAACCGACGCUCCUCCGCUCGGAAGGCGUCGCGUGACCCAGCGUUUCCCGGCUCCGGAGCGCGGCGUUCCCGAGCGGAGGGGCGGCGCUCCGGGGAACACCGAGGCCCUGAGCAAGAUCACAGCGCUGGAGGACGAGCUGCUCAGGCUCCGCGCGCAGAUCGCCAUGAUCGUCACCAUGCCGACGGGAGCUGCGCCUCCCCAGAGUGCCCCUGCCACCCCCGGGAGGAGCCCCCCCCCUCCUCUCCUCACGUCCACUCCUGCCCCCCGAUGCCCUCCACCUCCUCCUCCCCCACCUCCUCCUCCUCCUCCUCCCGGCCCUCCUGCUUCCACGCAGACGGUAGCGCAGGGCUCGAUGAAACAGCCGCUCCGGAUGGCGAGCGGCGGGGAGCGCACUCGGGCAGAUCCGCGGACGGACUCGCCUGGGAAGGCCCCCAGCAUGCUGGACGUGCUGAAGGACCUGACGCAGGUCAAGCUCCGCUCCGUGGAGAGGUCUCCUGGCGGAACGCCGAUGAGGAAGAGGAGUAAGAAGGUGGUUGCCCUUGGCGACCCGGCAGCACUUAUCGCUGAAGCACUGAAGAGGAAGUUUGCACACAGACACAAAGAGGAUUCCUUCGACAAGGAGAACCGCUCCGUAGAGCUCUCUCCUUUCGGAAGCCCAGAUAUUCCCACUAUCCCUUCUAAUAUGAGACGCAGUCUGGGGAGGCUACACCUGUGAUCGCCAUGGCAACGAGCUACACCUGUGAUCACCAUGGCAACAAGCUACACCUGUGAUGGGCAACCAGCCAGCGAGUGGGUUAUUCAGGCUACUGAUAUUUCCUCUUGCGUUAGCUUUAUUUCUUCUUUGGUUUACAGUUUUUCUAACGUCUACUAAAUGUCUGUCUUGAACCUUUACCCUUGACCCUUGACCUCUGCAGUGUUUCGGUCUCUGAGGUGGUUUGCUGUUUUCAUGCAAACACUGGGUUGUGUUUUUGGUUUGGUGUAAAUAUAGGAUUUAAUUGUACAGGUUUUUGAGGACGUUGUUUUGUAUGAUGAUUUGUUCUGAUUAAUUGUAUUAUGUUGGUAUUGUUCCAUACACGGCAGGAAUCGCACAUGAAGUCUUCU